CUUGUCAGUGUCACAUGUCACAAUCGUGUCAUCGUUCGUUUGUAUAACAGUUUAACACAUCAUACAGUUUUCUUUUUCAACAAAAUACCGUAGCUUUUUAAAUUUAACUGUAUUUUAGUUACUCUAAUAUAUAAAAUGCCUAAGAAGAAAACAGGCCAACGAAAGAAAGCGGAAAAACAAAAAUUACGACAGAAAGAGAUUCGGAAUGCACGAGAGAACGUGGACUUGGCUGCCCACCCCUGCAACAUACCCAUGGAAUGUGAUAAAUGCCAGAAAAAGCAGAAGAAUCGAGCAUUCUGUUACUUCUGCCAAGCAGUGCAGCGUCUGCCAACUUGUGCGCAUUGUGGCAAAGUGAAGUGCAUGCUGAAGUCUGGAGACUGUGUGGUGCGUCACCCAGGAGUCUUCACUACAGGCCUCGGCAUGGUGGGUGCGAUCUGUGACUUCUGCGAGGCGUGGGUGUGUCACGGCCGCAAGUGUCUGACUGCGCACGCCUGCACCUGCCCACUGAUGGAUGCUGUGUGUCUAGAGUGUGAACGAGGCGUGUGGGAGCACGGCGGGCGCGUGUUCCGCUGCUGCUUCUGCCAGGGGUUCCUGUGCGAGGACGACCAGUUCGAGCACCAGGCCUCCUGCCAGGUCCUCGAGGCCGAGACCUACAAGUGCCAGUCGUGCAACCGGCUGGGCCAGUACUCGUGCCUGCGCUGCAAGACGUGCUUCUGCGAGGAGCACGUGCGGCGGCGCGGCGUGCGCGCGCCCGGGCGCGGGCCGCCGCCCUGCCCGCGCUGCGCCUACCCCACGCACGUCACCAGCGACCUCGCCAUGUCCACGCGCUCGCACCGCUACGGCCGCCAGCCCGUCGCCAACUACGACGACGAGGAUGACCAGGACGACCACGCCGGCGCCUACUCCGCAGGGUACGCGGCGGAGGGCGGCGACUACUCGUCCUACGAGGAGGACGACGACGAUGACGACGACGACGAAGACGACUCGGAGUCGGAGUCGCAGUCCGAGGAGGACGCGCCCCCCGCGCCCCCCGCGCCCGCGCCCGCGCCCUGAGCCCCGCAAUACACGGAGUCGCUAUCCA